CACGUCUGCCUGCGGGGCAAAGCGCACUUCGAAUUUUGUUGUGCUUGAUCACCUCGUUUCAACCAGCUCAUUCAUACCUCGAGUGGUUCUCUUACGGACCCGCUCAGGCCAUGUCUUCAGUAUUUCGGAGAGCCUUUUCAAAUCGCUUUUUAUGGAACUCAUUCCGCCACGAUCUGCGACCACGGCAACACCCCCAGUCCUUGCUUCGCAGACAUGAAUCUACUGCAUCUGCCUCCGGCAGUACUCAGUACAAAGCAAAAAAGUAUUCAUUGCUUAGCCCUACUAUGAUCAUCUUGGGCUUCGUCCCAAUAUUUACUUUUGCAUUGGGCACAUGGCAAGUCGAACGUCUCAAAUGGAAGGUGAACUUGAUCGACGAUUUGGAGGAGAAACUACAACGGGACCCCUUGACAUUGCCAAGACAUAUCAAUCUAUCUGUCCUGCCCGAGUUUGCAUUCAGGAAAGUCCUUUUGAAGGGCAGGCUCGACUACUCCCAUGCCAUGCUUGUAGGACCUCGAGUACGAGACGGAACCCAUGGCUUCCAUCUCGUCGUUCCGCUCGUACGCACCGAUGGCUCGACUGUAUUAGUUGACCGUGGCUUUGUCUCCCAAGAAGUUGGCGAGUCUGGACAUUGGGCAAAAGAAGAUGGAGAAAUCUAUGUUCAAGGGCUGUUACGGACGACCCAAGUUCGCAACAAGUUUACUCCUGAUAAUCACCCAGAGAAAGGCUUGUGGCACUGGGCCGACGUUCCUGCGAUGGCUGAGUAUGCUGGUGGUGAAAGUGCAAAUGUGCAACCAGUUUACGUGGAGGAGAUCUUCGAGGGACACGCCGGUGACGCAUCCACCCGCCUAUCGCAGGGUAUUCCCAUAGGCAGACCCGCGACCGUUGACGUCCGCAACUCUCACGCCUCAUACGUUGUCACUUGGUACUCACUAUCGGCCUUAACGACUGUUAUGUUUAUCCGUCUUUUGCUGAGACAACGUCGAGCUAGGGCUCGUUUGCCACGGUAGUGUCUCCUCUAUAUCGCUUCUACUGUUUAUAGGCGCAGUUCCACAGCUCAGAGGCAAAUAAUACAGAAAUUUAAAUCGGCGCACUCGAUUGAAAGUCACGAGAAGUGCUGCAAAUGGCGCGGCAUUCCACCAGGCAGGCAUGGCGAUCCCGAGUGGCUCUUAUGAGCCAUGCUGUGCGACCACACUGGCGAUGAUAAUCGGCGAUUGCAAACAUCGGCAAGAGUGACUUUCCACCUUUCAGAUGGUUUUGCCAUGCAUGAUUGUGACCGAAUCCCACGCCUUUUUUAGC